CGUUGUUGGAGCGAUUUUUAUUGAAUUGCCGCUGUACGAGGUUUUAUGUAGUGCAGGGUUUAAGAGUCUAAAGAGUUUUAAUAUUCCAGUCUGACGCGUGUUUACUGAAUUAUAACUAGUUGCUUUCUUGUUUCGGGUGGACGUCAAGACAGAGGGCUGCUGCAAUGUGGAUCCAGGUGCGCACUAUGGAUGGUAAGGAGACCCAUCGGGUUGACUCCCUGUCCAAACUCACUAAAGUGGAUGAACUGAGGUUGCGAAUUAUGGAGCUUUUCAACAUUGAGCCUGAGAGACAGAGGCUCUUUUACAGAGGCAAACAGAUGGAAGAUGGCCACACUAUUUUUGACUACAAUGUGGGCCUGAAUGACAUUGUUCAGCUACUCGUGAGACAGGCACUUCCUGCAGUCUCAUUGCCCAAAGACAAGGAGGCCGAGCUCUCAGACUCCGAUUCUGGCUGCGGUUCAGGUCAGAGUGAGUCGGAUAAGAGCUCCACUCAUGGAGAAUGUGAGGGUCAGAAUGCUGGAACCUCAGCCCAGAGUGACCUCAUCGACCCGGGCUUUGGGCUCUAUAAGAUAAACGAGCUUGUGGAUGCCAGAGACCUGAAUAUGGGUGCUUGGUUUGAGGCUCAGAUUGUAAACGUGACAAAGACUCCUAAAUCUGCAGAAAAUGAAAGUAUGGAAACAGAUGGAGAGGAUGAAAUUCGGUACCACAUCAAAUACGAAGAUUACCCAGAGAAUGGAGUUGUACAGCUCCAGGGAAAGGAUGUGCGCCCACGUGCCCGCACUGUCUACCAGUGGCACCAGCUUGAGGAGGGCAUGGUGGUUAUGGUAAACUACAACCCUGAUGAGCCGAAAGAGCGUGGCUACUGGUACGACGCUCAGAUUCAGAGGAAGAGGGAGACGCGCACCCAGCGGGAGAUUUUUGGCAAAAUACUGCUCGGGGAUGCUGGUGACUCUUUGACUGAUUGCCGGAUCUUGUUUGUAAGUGAAAUCUACAAAAUUGAAGAAGCUGGAAGCUCUGAGGGACCUGGAGCCACCUCUGACAGCCCUCUGAAGAGGUCCAAUGGGCCAGAGUGUAAACACUGUAAGGACGACCCCAAGAAAAACUGUCGUUGGUGUAACUGCCGUGUGUGUGGGGUGAAGCAGGACCCGGACAAGCAACUGCUGUGUGAUGAGUGUGACAUGGCCUUCCACACGUACUGUCUCAACCCGCCCCUAACCAACAUCCCAACUGAUGAGGACUGGUAUUGCCCUGAGUGUCGGAAUGACGCGAGUGAGGUUGUUCUGGCUGGAGAGAAACUAAAAGAAAGCAAGAAGAAAGCAAAGAUGGCAUCUGCCAGCUCGUCCAGUCAGAGAGACUGGGGCAAAGGUAUGGCUUGUGUGGGCCGCACUAAACAGUGUACUAUCGUUCCUUCUAACCACUACGGGCCAGUGCCGGGAGUCCCUGUGGGUACUCUGUGGAAGUUUAGAGUGCAGGUCAGUGAGUCUGGAGUCCACAGGCCUCAUGUUGCAGGGAUCCAUGGCCGAAGCAAUGAUGGUGCUUAUUCUCUGGUGUUGGCUGGAGGCUAUGAGGAUGAUGUGGAUGAUGGUAAUGAGUUUACAUAUACGGGUUCUGGUGGUAGAGAUCUCUCUGGUAACAAGCGAACUGCUGAACAAUCCUGUGAUCAGAAACUUACCAAUAUGAACAGGGCCCUGGCUCUAAACUGUAAUGCACCAGUGAAUGAGAAGGAUGGUGCAGAGGCAAAGGACUGGAAGGCAGGGAAGCCUGUGAGAGUGGUUCGCAGUUCUAAAGGCCGCAAACACAGCAAGUACUCUCCAGAAGAUGGGAACAGAUACGAUGGCAUUUACAAGGUGGUCAAGUAUUGGCCAGAGAAGGGCAAGUCAGGCUUCCUAGUAUGGAGAUACCUGCUUAAAAGGAAUGAUGAUGAACCAGCCCCGUGGACCCGAGAUGGCAAAGAACGCAUUAAAAAGCUUGGCCUGACCAUGCAGUAUCCUGAAGGUUAUCUGGAAGCAGUGGCAGCAAAAGAGAAGGAAAAGGAGAAUAAGAACGAGGAUGAGGUGACUGAAACGCCUACCAAGGGCAAGAGGAAGCGGAAAUCUCAGGCAGUUGAGGAUGAGGAGAAAACCUCCCCCUCUAAGAGGACACCCAAGAAGGUCAAAGUGGAAGCCUACAAGUUGACCAAGGAGCAGAAGGCGCUAAUCAAGGAAGACGAGCUCAACAAGAAACUCUGGGACGAGGCCAUGGAGUCUUUAAACCUAGGCCCAAGAUUCAUAAACAAAGUGGAGGAAGUUUUCCUGUGUAUCUGCUGCCAAGAAGUUGUUUAUCAGCCCAUUACCACAGAGUGUCAGCAUAAUGUCUGCAGGGAAUGUCUCCAGCGGUCCUUUAAAGCGGAAGUAUACACCUGCCCUGCUUGUCGUCAUGAUCUAGGCAAGAACAACCAGAUGACCGUGAACAAAGCUCUACAAGCCAUCUUGACCCAGUUGUUCCCUGGCUACAGCAGCGGCCGAUUAUGACCAUCUGGGUUAUGACUAAACAUGCUGAUGAACUAGCAAGGGCAGUGCUGCACAUCGAGACUGAAUUAAACACCAUGAUACAUGUCAAUUUUAAAAUUAUUGAACAAGGCGCAGGCUCAUCAGGGUUUAGGGUAACCCGCACCCUGUUACAUUAGUUUGGUCCGAUUUUUAGCAGGGCUGUACGUCGUAACCUGCUCUCUUAUUUAGCUCAUCAGGUAGAUCUUCCCCUUCCAAUACACAGCUUGUAUUAACAGACCUCUUCUAUCCUUGUAGAGAUGUUUUUAGGUGUAGGAGCUUCCUGUUCUGAAAUGUAAUUCCUGAAUUACUCUGCACCAGCACAUCUAUUUUUUUUUUAUUAUUAUUUUUUUUUUCUUCCGCUACGCACAACUGCACUAUUUGCUUCUAGCAAAAUCCUUAAUUUUUUUUUUGGGGCCAGGGAUAAGUGGACAUAUUUUGAUAGCAGGUAUGUAGGCAUGCACUGGCAUUGGGAUCCUUUUGAAACAUUUGAUUCAGAUCAGAUUUUUGUGCAACAGCCGUGUAUUUUGAUGCCCUCUAGAACGUAUUCAUUCAUGGGUGAUUUAACGAAAAGCUAAUCAGUUCUAUUAUAUAUAUAUAUAAAAAAAAAAAAUCAUAUGCGUAAAAUGAGCUUGUUAUCCCUUAACUUUGUCUUGGCUUUGCUUUUUAACUACUGUAUGUGCUUAGAAUUCCUUUUGCUUUUGUGUUAUUCCCGUUAUGCAAUGUGGUUUUCCCUUGUUCUCCACACAAUUGACUUCAGAAGAAAACCGACAGAUUGUUGAUUCUCCGGACUAAUGAUUACCAAGUGCACCUCCUCUUCAGUGAAUAUUUAAGGACAUAUCUAAAAAUUCUUUUUUUGACUGCAUUGACUGGAAAUGUAUAUUCUGAAAUUGAAAUUGUAUAUUUUUAGCACUUGUAUUUAGCUAUUUUUAUGUAGUUUUAGUUGCUGUUUUUUCAUGCACUGUGUUGAGUGCGAUAUUUUUCAAUAAACCUUAUUCCUUUUAUAUGGAACAAA